UCGACUACAUUAACAGUAAAUAGAUGAAAGAAGGCUUCCUUUAUUAGAAAUAGAUAUAUUGUACAAUACAAGAAAUAUUAUUCAAGAUUAAUUCAAUAUAAAUUUUUCUUUUAAAGAAAUCCAUGUCGUCUACACAAAUUCAAACAUUUUAAAAAAAUGAUUAAAUGUCUACAUCUGUUUGCAGCAUGGUUUUACCCAAGCGUCCAUUAGCCAACGACCGUUCGCAGUGUCCAGGAAUAUGCUGCUACGAGUUAACGGCCGAACUCAACAAUGAAACUCUUGCGAGUUCCAAAGGAGUUCAAGACCACCCGCUUACUCUACAAUCUGUCGACGAAGCUGCCCGUUCCAUACCUGUAAAAGGUGUGACCAUGUAAAAACCCGCCAACUGCUCAACCGCAUACAAAGUACGCAGGACCAGUCGAACGAAUCUCACAGAGGACCACUGAAACCACCCUCUCGUGCGCCGAACUGCUACGGAAAACCUCUACAAGUCCGCAUGGCAGCCACAGACCGAAGUCUGCAGUUUAACCAUGUUUCCCUGAGCGCCCACCGUAACACAGAUCGAUAGAAUUAGUU